UGGGGUUUAAGCUAGGCGGUCCGGGAGAGUGAGAGGAAGAGAGCGGGAGGUUUUGGGCCUUGGAGGGAGAGCCAUCCACACCAGGGAAACUGGAGGUGUCGUCUCCCCCAUUUCUAUCUAUUAUUGUCCCCCCACCUGAACCCCGAAGAUGUCCACUGCUCUGGUGUCUACAACCAUCUUCGACCUGAGCGAAGUUUUAUGCAAGAGUAACAAGAUGCUGAACUACAGCCCCUCGGGCGCAGGGGGCUGCCUGCUGGACAGGAAGGCGGUGGGCACCCCGGCGGGCGGGGCCUUCUCCCGGAGGCACUCGGUCACCCUGCCCAGCUCCAAGUACCACCAGAACCAGCUCCUGAGCAGCCUGAAGGGAGAGCCGGCCCCGGCCCUGGCCGGCGCCCGGGACCGCUUCCGCGACCGUUCCUUCUCGGAGGGCCUGCCCCCUCAGAAGCAGCCGGGGGGCGGGGGGCAGGUCAACUCCAGCCGCUACAAGACGGAGCUGUGCCGCCCCUUCGAGGAGAACGGCGCCUGCAAGUACGGGGACAAAUGCCAGUUCGCCCACGGGAUCCACGAGCUGCGUAGUCUGACGCGCCACCCCAAGUACAAGACGGAGCUGUGCCGCACCUUCCACACCAUCGGCUUCUGCCCCUACGGCCCCCGCUGCCACUUCAUCCACAACGCCGAGGAGCGGCGGGCCCUGGCCGGGAGCCGGGACCUGGCCGCCGACCGCCCCCGCCUCCAGCACAGCUUCAGCUUCGCCGGCUUCCCCAGCGCCGCCGCCACGGCCGCCGCCUCCGGGCUGCUGGACAGCCCCACUUCCAUCACCCCGCCCCCCAUCCUCACCGCCGACGACCUGCUGGGCUCGCCCACCCUGCCCGACGGCGCCAGCAACCCCUUCACCUUCUCCAGCCAGGAGCUGGCCAGCCUCUUCGCCCCCAGCAUGGGGGUGCCCGGCGGCGGAGGCUCCCCCACCGCCUUCCUCUUCCGUCCCAUGUCCGAGUCCCCUCCGAUGUUUGACUCGCCCCCCAGCCCCCAGGACUCCCUCUCGGACCAGGAGGGCUACCUGAGCAGUUCCAGCAGUAGCCACAGUGGGUCAGACUCGCCCAUCCUGGACACCUCGAGGCGCCUCCCCAUUUUCAGCAGACUCUCCAUCUCAGACGACUAAGCCGGGCCGGGGCGAGCGGGCGGGCGAGGAGGGCGCCCCCCUUCCUUCUCCUUCCUCUCCCCGUCCCCCCACUCCCCUCCCUCCUCUCCCUCACCAGCCCGGGCCCUACCGCCUCUUGAUUAACAAGCAAGGUUAAGCUCAAGCCCCUCUCCCCCAGGCCCCCCCAACAUGAGCCCCCCUGCCACAUCCCAGGCCUCUCUCGCCGCCCCCACCGAUGAACCGGACGAGCCCGUUUGUAGGCCGCCUCUAGCUUGGGCCUCUCACACAGACACACACCUACACACACGGACACGCAAACAUGUACACACAGACACACACACACAGCCGUACCCUCCGGCCCCCUGAUUCAACACGAAACAAGCCCCCCCUUCCCGCCUCUAGUUGCCUUUCUCUGGCUUAAGCCGUAAGUGCCAAAUCACAAAAGCAAAAAAAAAGAAAAGCAAAAAAAAAAAAAAGCAGUAACCCGUUUACAGAAGCAAAUUAGUGCCUUUACCAUGAUUUUUUUUUUUCACUGUGACUAUAUUACCUCUCCGGCUGCAGGGGGCGCCAGCGAGCCUUCUUGAACCUGUGCCCUUUGAGGUGGAAGGGGAGGUGGCCUAGGGAAAUAGGAGGAGGGGGGAAGGAGUUGAAGAUUCAAAACCAGCACUGGCUGCAAAAUGCCACCUUCUCCCCCCCUUCUCAGCCUCCACAUGGGUCCCUUCCUGCCCUCUCUGCCCACCCUCACCCCCUGGGCCGGGCUCCCCGUAUAUGGAAAGCUGUAAAUGCCCACCUUUCCCUCCCCCACUUCUUUACCUCCCCACUACCCAUCCCUCCCCCACCCCAUCCCAGUCUUGUUGACUAAUCUUGCCUGGGUCUCUGCAGGUCUGCAGGAAGGAAAGCUGAGAAUGGACAAAGAUUGGGCCCAAGUGGGACUUUGUUAAUUUUAUUUUUAUUUUAUUUUAUUUUUUUUUUUGUGGAAGAGGAAGGGGAAGCUAGGUGGACUAUGAGAGACUUGCUUUUGGUGCUAAAAAGUUCCCCAGUGUACAUGUGACAUCUUAAAAGAGGAAAACAAAGUGUAAAGGGUGUGGGCGGUUAAUGGUAUUCAUUCCACAUACAAUUUCCGUAUAAAACAGUUUCCAGUAGACACAGCUUUAAUGGUUUUUGCUCUAGUGUACAUUAGGACUAUGGUUAGAGCACUCACGCCAAGCUUUUUAUUUUUUUUUUUUCUGGGUUUUUAACUUUGUAUAACUUUCAGAAAUUGGAGAGCAAAAAUUUUGCUUGUCACUGCACAACAAUAUAAAAAAAGCUUAUUUAACUUAUCAAGACGUAUUUAUUGCCAAACUAUGCUUUUUUGUUAAUUUUGUUCAUAUUUAUCGGGAUGACAAAUCCAUAGAAUAUAUUCUUUUAUGUUUAAAUUAUGAUCUUCCAUAUUAAUCUUAAGAUUGUGAAGUGUCUUUUUGUUUCCUUUUUUUUCCACAGUUUAAUAUAUUAUACUACAAUGACAUUUUUUUGUAACUUUACACCUUUUGGUUAUUUUAUUUUAAAAAAAUGAAAAAUUAAUUUAAAAAAAUGCAAAAAACUGUUGGAUUAUUUAUUUUAGAAAUUCCCCCCCUUUGUGUUGGACUGCAAAUUGAGUUCCUUUCUCUUUCUUUAUAGGCCUUACACACCUGGGAUUUAGAAUGUAUGUGCAAAAGUUCUGUGGCAGUACUGAAGGAAAACAUCCUUUUUUGUACUGCUCCUAAAAGGGAAACAAAAAACCCCUUUGACUUCCACGUGCCUAUCUCGAAACAUUCCGAGCACAGAUUUGUGGUUCUCUAUUCCAGGUUUGGAGUUUUCCAUGUUGACGUAAACAGAACUGGCACACGAACACACACAGACACACACAGACACACACACAGACACACACAAAACAAAAAAAAAAUGAAUGUAAUUAUUACUUUUUUCCUGUUGCUGUUCACUACCGUUGCUUUCUUCUUCUUUUUCCUUUGUGUGAGUUUAUUUAAAAAAAAAAUUCUUUUUGUAACGACUGUUUGCAGUUUAAAAUCAAUAAACCCCGUUUUUUUUUCAAGAAA